GAGAUGUACAGCACAGAGAUACAGGCAUGACACCUACAAUCAUCUCAAAGGAGCAUCUCCCUCUCAACAACAAGAUGAGAAAGCCAACAGUGGAGAAGAUGCGCAGAGAACGUAUCAACAGCAGCAUUGAGCAGCUCAAGUGUCUUCUGGCUCCAGAGUUCCUCAAGCAGCAGCCUGAUACCAAGCUGGAGAAAGCAGAUAUCCUGGAGAUGACCGUCAGUUUCCUGAGACACCAGCAGUCUGUUCUGGACUCCAGUUCACAUGCUGUCAAUCAAGGCUUCUCCAGGUGUGUCUGUGAGAUUGUGCACUUCCUGUCCAAAGAUGAUCUGAAGACACAGAGAAGACACUUCCAGAACCUGCAGAUAUCAUGUGAGCAGAACAGGAGGGAAAGUGUCCUGCCUCAGCUGAACUCCUCAAACCAGAACACCUUCAGUAAAGAGAUGAAUGUCAGCAAGAGCGCCAUCUGGAGGCCUUGGUAGACCUUCACAAACUGGAGCUCAACUCAAAGAAGAUGACCACAUUGGUCAGAAAUAUUCCUCUGUAAAGCUGUCAUGCUAGACAUUCAUACUGACCUAAUGUAUGUAAAUUCAGCUUAUAAUUCUUUCAAGUGCGAAAGACGUUUUCUCAGAUCUAAGCAAUAUGUUGCGCAUCCUUUGUUUUGAAAGUGUGGCCAGCAUCCAAUAUUUGGAAAAAAAAGUUUUGGUUGAUUUUUAUUUUCAGUCGUAUGUGAAAUUGAUAAAACCUGAAUGGGCUUGUUUUUGUGUUUCUGAGGAAAUACUGCAGAUUAUAUUGUUAAUGUUCUGGAAAUUUUAAAAGCUUGUAAAGGCUGCUGAAUUGCUUGAAGAGGUCAUACCUCACCAUUCUGCUGUACUAUCUGUACUAUGUACAGAGUUACUGAACUGCCUUUUAAUAGGGCAUUUGCAUAUCUAGGCACUGUGAAAACCCUUUUCACUUUGUAUGUGAAAAUGAUGUUUCCUUUUGUGAAGGCAUUUAAUAAUGACACAUAGGCCAUUGAAUGUAUUUCAAUCAGGCGAA